GUAAUCGGGAAAGGGUGUCUAAUUGAGAAAUAUCAGAACGAUUUGCCCGAGAAAAUACAUCAAAAAAGUAUCUCUUGUAAUAUCCAGUUCAAAGGAAUAAAUUCAAUUGAAAUUGGUGAGAAGAUUGGUGCCAUUGUGGAAUACGUUGUUUUGAAACUGUAUUUUAAG